CAAACUGAAGCUCACUGUGUCCGUCCAGCCUGCACGCGCUCAGUCAAACGGCUCAUCCUACCUGAGACCAGGACGCCAAACUUCAGCUGCACGGAGUGUGUGUGUGUGUGUGUGCGCGUGGCAGCGGGCCCGGUGCUCUGGAGGACUCAUGGCAGUUGUGAGGAGCGGAUCAGGAGCGACCAGAGCCCGGCAGAGAGGACACCCGGCAGCAGCCCUCGCUCUGCUCACGCUGCUGUCGGCGCUGCUCACCUGCUGCGUCAGGUGUGCGGAACCGAGCGCCAAACCCAGCAACAUCAUCCUGAUCGUCGCCGACGAUCAGGAUGUUGAGCUGGGGGGGAUGACCCCAAUGAAGAAAACUAAAGCUCUGAUUGGAGAUGCAGGAGCAACGUUUGUGAACGCUUUCACGGUGACGCCGCUGUGCUGCCCCAGCAGGAGCAGCAUCCUGACGGGGCGGUACCCCCACAACCACGAGGUGAGGAACAACUCCCUGUCUGGGAACUGCUCCAGCGCUCUGUGGCAGACAGGCCCCGAGUCGGAGGCCUUCCCCGUCUUCCUCAGCAAGCAGAAGUACCAGACGUUCUUCGCCGGGAAGUAUCUCAACCAGUAUGGGAAGAAAGACGGAGGAGACGUUGGUCAUGUUCCACCUGGCUGGAACCAGUGGCAUGCACUGGUGGGGAACUCGCAGUACUACAACUACACACUGUCAGUCAACGGCAAGGAAGAAAAGCAUGGAGACCUUUAUGAGGAGGAUUACCUCACAGACCUCAUCACGAACCGGUCCCUUUCCUUCCUGGAGAACAGGAUCCCUCAGCAACCAUUCUUCCUCAUGCUGUCUCCUCCAGCUCCUCACUCCCCCUGGACGGCAGCACCGCAGUACCAGAAGGAGUUUGGCGAUGUUAAGGCUCCUCGAGACGGCAGCUUUGACAAACCCGGGAAGGACAAACACUGGCUGCUGCGUCAACCCGUCAACCCCAUGUCCAGCAGCUCGCUCGCCUUCCUGGACAACGCAUACAGGAAACGGUGGCAGACUCUGCUCUCUGUGGACGACAUGGUGGAGCUGCUGGUCAAGAAGCUCGACAGCAUAAAGGAACUGGACAACACCUACAUCUUCUACACCUCGGACAACGGCUACCACACAGGUCAGUUCUCCCUGCCCAUCGACAAGAGGCAGCUGUACGAAUUUGACAUCAGGAUCCCGCUCAUGGUCCGCGGUCCUGGCAUCAAACCCAACCAGACGCUGCAGGCUCCUGUGCUGAACAUCGACCUGGCUCCCACCUUCCUGGACAUAUCUGGCGUCAACCUGUCGACUGUGAAUGUGGACGGACAGUCUUUCCUCUCUCAGAUGGCGCCAUCGCUGCGUAAUGGCACCGCGCGCCCCUUUUUCCUGGUUGAAUACACCGGAGAGGGACUUCCAACUACGGACCCUGCUUGUCCCAAACUGGGCCCUGGACUGUCUCAAUGUUUCCCAGACUGCGUGUGCGAAGACGCCUACAACAACACCUACGCCUGUGUCCGGACCCUCGACAGCGAGAACAACCUUCAGUACUGCGAGUUCGCGGACAGCGAGUCGUUCGUGGAAGUGUAUAACCUGAAGCUGGACCCCCACCAGCUGGAGAACAUCAUCAAGAAGGUGGAUCCACUGGUGCUGCAGGCGAUGAACCAGCGGCUCAUAAAGCUCCAGUCCUGUGAGGGCAACAGCUGCCGCGACAUCAAGUAAAGGAGCAGAAAAGCUGCCAAAACCCGCCUACUUCCUGUUCACAGCGGCGGGUGGGGUUGGUUAGAGCAACAUUUACCACAAGUAUGAUAGAUUAAGAGGCCUAUUUCAUAACGAUGUUUCCUACUGUGAAAUUCUUGACGCGUCUCAGAAGGAAAAGCACAGGUGGAAAUGGUAAUAUGAACGCUGCCUGCGUUCAGUUUCAGGGUCCUGGUUUUGUGCUCGCUGGCGUGGUUUACUGGGACGCCUGAACAGAACGGAGCCAUUGUUAAAGGAAAAGUUAAACACUUCUUUGCUUUCCUGCUGAGAGUUGGGCGAGACGCCAUUCUUACAUCUGUUUGUUUAACACGUAGCUCAAGCCAGGAGCUAGUUAUCUUAAAUUGGCGUGAAAAAUGUUUCUGUCGUGCUUAAUUCUGCUGCUAAUAACACGACAGAUUCCCCUAUAAAGACUUAUUUAAGUUUCAAUUUAAUAGUUUGGUGAAUGCAAUUAUUUGCUUUCUUGCCAAUUAUUCAUUUUCAGAUUGAUACGACUCUCACGUCUGUAAUGCUAAAUAUGAAGCUACAGCCAGGAGGCAGUAAACGUGAAAUAGCAGAAAGACUGUUUCUUACCCUGUAAAAUGCGAUUAUUUGCUCUCUUACUGAGGAUUAGACAAACAGAAGGAAACCUCUCUCACGGUUAUAUGCUAAAGAUGUAGCUGGAGCUAGCAGCCAGUUAGCUUAGCUUGGCAUACAGAUAGAAACAGGGAAAAACAGCUAGCCUAGCUCUGCCUCAUGGUACAAUCCACCUUGUAGCACCCUGAAAAUUCACUAAUUAACAUGUUUUAUCUUGUUUGUAUAAUUAGUACAAAAACUAAAAUGUCAAACUUUUCCUUUAAUGUUUUUACUGACACUUGUGCUUCUCCUUCUCUGACAAGUCAAAAUGUCUGCUGUGAAAAAAAAAUUUCUGAGCUGUGCUCGUAUAUCUCAUACUUUUAUGAAUACAUUUUCUUUUAGGAUAAAUUUGCCUUGUUCAUGUUGUGCAGAUUGGACUUAUUCUACCAGUCUGUUAUUUGUUUCUGCUUAUUAAUGCACUAAAAACUUAGUUUGUCCUUUUCAGUGUUCAGGGUUUAAACUGGCAUCUGAACCUUUUCACAGAAACAUAAAUGUUUCCAGCAUUUGUCAGAUGUGGAGAUCGAAAAUUUAGUUUUUAAAUACGGCCAAAGGUUUGCUGGUGCACUGUAGCUCUCAUUAAUACAAUUAUCUCUAAAGGAAUCGUUCCACAUUUGUGGAAAAAGACGUCUUUGAGAGUUAGAUAAUAGGAUUGAUACCACUCUUAUGUUUGUCUGUUUUGUAUAAAGCUGUCACCAGCAGCCUGUUAGCUUAGCUUAUUUUAGCUUAGCACAGGAAAAUGGAAAAAGGCAACAAAGUCCACCUACCAGCUCCUCUCAGGCUCACUAGUCAACCUGCUCUAACUUGUUUAAUUCAUACAAAAACUGAAGUGUAAAGUCGAUAAUGCAUCAUGUUACGGAGGCUCACAGUAAAUGAGGAACUGUUUCUUGGUGGGACACAGAGACUCGCUCGAGUCUCUGUGUCUCUGUCUUGUUUGGCAGGAAAUAAUCCAGCACAAAGCCACAAUUUGUCAUUUUGACAUCAGCUUUUGUACGAAUUAAACAAGAUGUUAAGAGUAAAUGAGCUUUAGAGGUGCUGCAAGGCAGAUUUUGCUGCGUGUGAACAGAGCCAGGCUAGCUAUUUACCUGUUUUCAGUGUUUAUGCUAAGCUAAGCUAAUCGGCUGCUGGCUCUAUCUACAUAAGAGUAGCAUCAGUCUUCUCAUCCCACUCUGAGCAAGAUUUCCCAGAACGUCAAACUAUUUCUUGAACAUAUGUAGAGAAACUUUUUCAGCUUUUAUCUCUGCAGCACGUCUCAUGAAAAGAGUUCAGACAAAGAGUCUGAGUGGAUUUAAACAUGUGACGCCUUUUUAAAAAUUUAAUCCUGAUGUUUCUUUAAUACAAUAUUUUGCAUUGACUAUUAAUGAUAAUAUGUGUAAAGAGCCUUUUUAAAGUGGAAGAUGAAAACGUGCUGUGAUAAUUCGUCAAAGGGAAAUUUCACAUGGUGACAUGUAGAAUGAACGCGUUAAUCCUGGACGCCGUGGAUUUGCACUGAUGAGCCUCAUGUGCCUUUUUUAAAUGUGAAUAUAUUUGCACUGUGAUGAAACCGAUAAAUAAUAAACCAAAAUAAGCAUU